AUUGUAUUGCCAAUUUGAAAUGCGACCUCUGCACUUGCGUAUAUUUGCAUAAACAUUUUUCACCCCUUCGAUACGUUUGUUUUGAAAAAAAAUAAAAACAUUGGCUUGAUAGAAUAGUAUAGUAAAAACACUUACACGCCGAUAAGCAAACUGUGAAAAAAAGUAAAAAAAAAAAAAGAGAAAACACUGUGUGGAAAGGGCAUCCAACCAUGUGCCCCUUCGCAAUGCAGUUGCGCUGUGAAAAAGUGAUCGCGCCAAGCGUGCAGAACGUUAUAUAUACCACGUAGAUGCUUAUUUUUGCAUACUUUUACCUUUACGUGUAACCGAGCCAUGCCCACAGCGCACAGGUAGUAGAUGUAUCUGUGAUUCCCAGCUCGCGCCACCAUUGGGGGACGCCCAGGGGGGGGACAAACAUAUACAUAAGUAGUAAAUAUGCAUAUGUAUGUACCCCUAUGUGCGUACCCGUUGAGCGCCCGCCCCUAUGACCCAUCGAGUAAACCCACAAAAAAAAAACGCGCAAAAGUCAAAAUGAGGGGCCUCUUUAUCGCCGCCUUCUUCCUGCUGACCCUGUUUAUCACCAACGUUGUGUAUGAAUACAUUCAUACAUUUAACUCGCGAAAACUGAAGAACAAAAAAGGUGCAAAUGACAACAAGAAUCUUCUGGAGUUUUUUCUGCACGUUCAAAUUCUGAAGGACAUAAUCAUAACGUCGAUAAUUAAUUUCUUAAUAAAAGUCAAGCUGGUCUUCCACUGCGUGGCAAGAUUUCUCUUUUUCAACAAAAAUAGGUACAUACCGACUGGAAACCAUGGUGAGCAAGUUGUGGGUGCGGGAAGCCAUAACCUCGGUUCGGGCAACCACCACAUCGGUGCAGGCAACCAUAACGUGGGCGCGGACAACCACCACAUCGGUGCGGAUAUCCAUCACGCCGAUGCGCACAGCGAAGGAGACUACAGCAAAAGGCAAAAUGUUCAAGUGAAGACGAUUUACUUCAUAAGGCACAGCGAAUCCGUGUGGAACAGCGUUUUUAACAAAAGACUGACAACCAAGACGUUUUUAAAUUUCUGCCUGGUCCUCUUCUACGAAAUUUUCUUCUUCUUUAGUAAAAAAUCGGUGCUUGUAGAUUCCCCACUGAGUAACGCAGGAGUCAUUCAGUCCAUCGAGUUAUCAAACUUUUUGCAGCAAGAAAAAUGUGCAACGAAAAAUGGAGAUAAACUUUGCGUAGUUCCCAUAAGCUCACUAGAUAAGGACGAUGAGCAGACGAGGGUUGACGAAAAUGAAGACGUCGAAAUGGCAGACAUGAGUAACCAAAUGGGGGACAACGCAGAUGGUGAUCAUGGGAAGGAGGACGCCAGUGACAAUGCAAGUGCUAACUGUGCAGAUAAGAACGCUGGAGAGGGGGGCCCCGUCGUCGAUUUUGUCCAUGCAGGAGAUGGAAGGUCGGGAAAUCAUGCGGGGCAAAUUCUGCGGAAGAGAGGAGGUGGCCAAGACGCAGACGAAAUCGCAAACGUAAGCGCAAAUGUAAACAGCGCCGCCUACCAAGAGGGAAAUACUCAUACCAGUCCCGAAUCGAUGGUGCACCGAAGUGACACCCACGUGGAUGACAACCACCUGAAUAACCAGCAGGACCACCGAAACGACCUCCAAGUGAACAGGAAGAAUUACCACGAAAGGUACAACCAUAGGGAAAUCAUAAACCGAAGUCUCAAGGAUCAUAUUGACAUCCUUAACAACAGCGUAAACUACCCAAGUGCCAUCUUAUGCUCAGAUUUAAGAAGGGCAAUAUCAAGCUGCUUUAUAGCCCUAUACAACAGAAUAAAUAAAAAUAACGAACAAAUACAGGUACUAAAUUCGCUACAAGAAAUUAGUAGAAAUCCUGACUGCGUUUCGCUGUUCGAUUUUCACGACAAUAAAUAUAUCAGCACAGAUAUUGAAAAAUUCGUCCACAAAGAUGUAGAAAAAAAUUUUGAAAAAAACAUACGCAUUAGAAGAAAUUUUGUAAGUAACAAAUUUUUUGAUACCCUUUCGUACAUUUUUAAUAAUGACACGAAUAUUUUUAUCAUUUUUGGCCACAGCCUGUGGUUCCGCCUUUUUUUCAAUUACUUCCUGAAGCAGCCUCAUAAGGCGAAAACGCACAAAAUGCAAAACUCGGGGGUCGUUGUCUUUAAUAUGAUUAAGUAUGACCAGGAUAACAAAGUCAAUUACGAAAUUGAGAAGAACAGCGUGCGCGUGCUGUAUAAGGGAUUUCUCGAGAAGGAGCACAGCAAGGUUGACUAG